CGCGCAGUCAUUGGAACAUUCGUUCAAUGGCUGGAGGACAAGAGAAAUGGUAUUUUACAAAAGAGCAACUACAGAAUUCACCAAGCAGAAGAUGCGGUUUAGAUGCAGAUAAAGAACUUGCCUACCGGCAGCAGGCAGCGAACCUUAUUCAGGAUAUGGGCCAACGGCUCCAAGUUUCACAACUAUGCAUCAACACGGCUAUUGUGUAUAUGCAUCGCUUCUAUGCGUUCCACUCGUUUACACAGUUCCACAGGAACGCAAUCGCCGCGGCGGCACUCUUCCUCGCCGCAAAGGUGGAGGAACAACCACGAAAAUUAGAAUAUGUAAUAAAGGUAGCACAUGUCUGCCUUCACCGGGGUGAGGGAGUGAAUGCCCUCACUUCGGAACAGUAUCAAGAACAGGCGCAGGACCUGGUAUUCAACGAGAACGUACUCCUACAGACGUUAGGUUUCGAUGUCGCGAUCGACCAUCCGCACACGCACGUCGUACGCACGUGUCACCUUGUCAAAGCGCCAAAGGACCUAGCGCAGACGUCGUAUUUUAUGGCGUCGAACAGUCUACAUUUGACGACAAUGUGUUUGCAGUACAGGCCGACGGUUGUUGCAUGCUUUUGCAUACAUUUGGCCUCUAAAUGGAGCAAUUGGUCGAUUCCUCAAUCGCACGAGGGCCGGCACUGGUUCUCGUACGUGGACCGCAGCGUGACGUCAGAGCUGCUGGAGCGGCUCACGGCAGAGUUCCUGCACAUCUUCGACAAGUGCCCCUCGCGACUCAAGAGGAAGAUGAUGACUAUGUCCAAUAACAGCGGAAGUUCACCACACUCAAACGCGGCACACCCGUCUUCCUCAGCAGGCGUCGCCAACUCACCCUUCGACAAGAAACACCCGCCGCCCAACAGCGACGAGUUUGAUAAGUCGUUUGAUAAAGAAUAUGAGCGCGAGAGGCGUCGCCAGCCCGGUGCCGGCGGCUACGUGCCGGCCACGGCGCCCCCCGCCGCCAACCCCCCGCAGCCACAGAAGAUCGACUACAACUUGUACAGAGAAAAGAGGGAGCGAGAGGAAAGAGAGCGGAGACAAGCUGCGCUGCAGCAGGCGAGGCCGAGCUCCUCGCAGCAGCCCAGACCGCCCGGGGGCUCCCAGCCGCCGCCGCACCACCAGCGGCCCUCCUCCAGCCAGCACCACCACAAGCCGCACCACGCCUGGCCGCACCACAAACCGCCCCACCACAAACCUCCCCACGAUAAACCACCUCACGAUAAACCACCUCACGAAAAAUCAUCUCAUGAAAAACCUCACGAAAAACCUCCCCACGAAAAACCUUCGCAUGAGCACCGACAUCAUAGGCCGCAAGCUCCCCCGACGACCACUGCGGCGCCGGUGCCUCAUCCGCCGCAGCCGGAGCAAAUACCUCAACGGACGCGCCCACCUUCGCUAUUCUCCCCAGAAAAUGCGACUACGCCCACGGCAGCCGCCGCCGCGGCUCCCCGGCGACCGCAACCCUCCCAGCCACAAAGUAGAGAGCACAGACUUCCUAGGCCCGAGUCUCGCCCCCUCCAACAACCUCCUUCUAUUCCUGCUUCGAUUCAGCAGCCUCAUAAUCAACCAGUAAUAGACCAGCGUCCCUCCAGUCCGCACAAAAAACGACCGGACCCCACGGCCGCGAUACGAGAGAUGCAACCACCGGCCAUACUGUCCCCCUUCUCGUCUCCCCCCGCCAAAGAGCCCACGCCCAAGCCGAGACAACGCGCCCCCUCCAACUCUGAGCCCGAACUAAUUCCUGUGGUGAAAAAACUAGACGAGACCCCCGGCUACGAAAAUGUGAUACGAGACUCACAGCGUGGCAACACAAUAAGGUCCCGUCCCCCGGAGCAGAGGAAGCCCGAGCCCGUCAGAAGUCUCAACGGUAUAGAGACCGACCCAACUCUAGUAUCCAAUUUACUCAAAGAGAGUUUAGCGAAACCGGCGCCUAUAACCGUGCAGACGGAGCGCAAGUCCCCCGUCGAGGUUAAGCGCGAACCUGUUAUGGAGCCCCCGGCCCCGGUCCAACUCCCCCCACAACCCGAACCUCCGGCCCAACCGCUGUCACAGGAGGAGGCCGACCACAAGCACAAGAAGGAAAAGAAGAAAAAGGACAAACACAAACACAAGGAUCGCGACAAAUCGAAAGAGGAAAGGAAGAAACACAAAAAGGAUAAGGAAAGGGAGAAAAAGUUGGAACCGAGCCCUCAACCCCCUCCGGCGGAGCCCCUGAUGGACGGUGCCUUGAGGAUAACUAUACCACGAGAUAAGUUAUCCACCAGCCCCGGCCUCAAGAUCAAGAUCCCCAAGGAGCGGCUCGCCGCGCCGCCGCCCCCGCCGCAGCCCUCCGCCGGCCUCAAGAUCAAGAUAUCCAAGGAGGUUCUCGAGACGUCGAGAAAGCGGACCGGCGUCCCCGAGCCGGGCCCGCCGCCCAAGAUGCCGCGCCAGAACGGAGCUCCACACCACAAGGUGGUCGAGCCGGCGCUGGGGAACGGGCACGCGGGCAAGUGACGCCCGCCGCCGUAGCGCUACGUGUGUCGCCGUUCCUCCACAACAACUUACGGACCUCACUAGUGUAGUGUAAUCUUUUUUUUUUUGUUCACACAUAAUUCUUUCUUUCCUACGUCAAACGGACGGUUUUGGCUCGCAUGUUGUGUCCAUAGAGGUAUUAUAGAUUAUAUCGAAAUUAAGAUGCUUGCUUAAAAUAAGAGAAUGGAUAUAGUCAAUAUUUUGUGUAUUAUUAGCUUAUGAUAGUUUAUCUGAUCUGUAACAUCUCUAUGGGUGAAUAUAUUGCACCCUUACUGAGGCUUUGGGUGGUCGUUUUCGUGUCAUAUCAGGGUUAAUGACUUAUUUGGACGUGGCUAGGAGAGGGGGGAUUUAUAUCAAAAUUUAAGCAAUAUUGACUACUUGUAGAAACUAAUUUAAAAGUGAUUUAAAAUCGAAGCAUGUUUUUUCUAGCUAUUUUGGCAUUAAUUGCUUCGAUUUAAUGAUCUUUCGUCUCCCCUCUAAAUCAAUACGACCUAGUCAUGUUCAUAUAGUUUUGAAUUAUGUGUUUUUUUUUUCACAAAUAGUAAAGGCUGUGUCACAAUGUGAACAUUCUAUAAAAUAAUCCAAUUGUUUAACCCCCCAAAUUGCUUUAUAAACUGUGCUUUUGUAAACCACUAACCAUUUCUUUUUAAAUGUAGAUUAAAAAAUAUUGA